GGUCCUCGUUUGACGUAUGAAUGUUGUGUCUCAUCAUAUCUAAAUGUUUUCUGACCAGAGAUAACACUUUAUAUCAAAAUAUACUUACUGUAUCACAUAAUUUAAGUGUAGAAAGUAUCGUCCUCAAGAUUAAAAACUUCUUCAGAAAGGAGUAUUUGAUAAUAAGAAUUUUAAAUUCGUUUAAAAAAAUUAUAGUUUAUUGUAAAGACGUAAAAAUUGUGAAACUAAUACACACCAAUGUGAAGUGUCAAUAUAUAAAUAAUUUAUAAAUACCAAAAAACAAUAUUCGAUUAGAAAGUAUGUAAGCAUUAGAUAGAUGAAAGUUAAAGAUGAAACAUUUCAGUCUACAAGCAACACAAACGAAUAAAGAUGUGUAUUUUAUUUGUAAAUGUAGAUCCGAAUCCCGAAAAGGGGGCCUACAGGCUUGUAUUGGCAACAAAUCGUGAUGAAUAUUAUAGAAGGCCUAGUUUACCACUACAUGUUGAUAGAAAUAAUAUUAUCGGAGGUAAAGACAUGGAACCUGGUAGGGAAGGAGGAACAUGGUUAGCAUUCAGAACAAAAGAUCAAUGUAAUGGGAAAGUUAAAAAACAUUGUAUUGGCGUAAUUCUCAAUGUAACUGGAACAAUAAUUGAAAAUCCCAAAAGCAGGGGACGUAUCAUCGUAGAUUAUUUAUUGAGCAAUAAAAGUUUUCCUGAAUAUUCAGAAAUGUUAGAGAAGUCCUUUUAUAAUGGUUAUAACUUUGUUUCAAUCGAACUCAGCGAAGAAAAUUCGAUGAUUUAUCAUCAUGGAAAUAUUCCUAACGUGAAUUCAAGUUACGUUGGCAAACAUAAUUUAGGAUUCGGAAAUUCUCCUAUAUUUUCCCCAUUAACAAAAGUUACAAAAGGAAGGCGUAUGUUCGAAGAAAUUUUGAAAAAAAAUUUAUCCAAAGAAGAUUUACAAGCAGAACUAUUCAAACUUCUUAAAGAUGAAACUAGGCAUUUGCCAGAUGACGAAUUGCAAAAACGACAACCUUUAGCAUACGAAAUUUUGAGUGCCAUUUUUUAUAAAUUAGAUCCUCCAGGAUAUGGAACUAGGACACACACUAUAAUAUUAAUAGAUUAUGAUUGGAAUCUAUCGGUUAUUGAAGAUACCAUGUGUGAACCAAUAGAUAAAAAUAACCCGCAAUGGAAAAGAACCAGUCUUAAUUUUAAAUUGUGAUAAAUUAUUUAAAUUAUCAAAUUUGUUAUAGUGAGUAUUUGAGUGAUAACGUUGUUUAAUAUAUUUUAUGUUAAUAUAAAUAUUUUAAUCAUUUUUUUUUUCAUCUCUCACUAAAAUAUAAUAGCAGUAUAGCUUUAUUAUUUCAGCUGAUUGAUACGAGAGUUGUACGAAAAGUUUCAGACUUCAACCUGAAGAUGCAGCACUCAUCGGUAGUAAUAAUUAUUUUUGAGCAUUUAUCAAUAUUGGAAGGUUAUUGUAAUAGAAAAUUUAGAACAAAAACAGUUUAUUCAAUAUCAAGAUGCAAUCAACAAAAUAACAAUUAGAAAAGUUAAGGGAAGGUCCAAAAUUGUUUGUUUCAGGUCAUAAUAUUCAAGGACUUAAUUUGUAUUUCCGAGUUGGCUUUAUUGUGAACCACCAUUUUAAUAAGCUCUUGCUCUUGUACAUCACUUUUGACCAAUCGAUUAACCGCAGUCGAUUUAUUGGAGUGAUUUCUUUCGAUGGGCAUAUUAUCACACUGGUGAUCAUUUUCUGAUUUCCAGUCACGAUUUAUUCUUAGUAAUUUUAAUAUUUGUGCCCCUUUUUGACAUAAAAUUUUCAGAUAAUCCGACAAGACAAACGUUGCUGUCGUAUUUUAUUAAAAGUAAUCAAGUACUUUUUAACCUCACUAAGCAAACUGUAAUAUCUUCUUGGGUAUAUUGUCGAAAUUAAACAAAAUUUGUAUUUAGAAAGCAAUUAUUUUAUUUUGUGUAAACAAACUUUAAAAGUAUAACAAUUGAAAUGAUUUAUAAAUCGACUCGUUGCUAAUUUUUUUUUAUCUCGUACAGAAAAUGAAAAUUAAAAAAGAAUUCUAGCUACGUAAUUUCCAACAUAUAUUAGUCGAUAUUAAUUUGUUGCGAAAAAUAAAUAUUGACAAAAAUAAAGUUAAAUUAUUUCUUAGAAAUUUUUUAAAAGAUACAAUAUUAUUAAUUAUUUCAUCCUGAUCUGUUAAAACUUUAGCACCAGCAUAUAAAAACAGUAAAUUCAAAUUAUAUAUAUUACAUGAUAUUAGAUAAACAAUUUUUUUAUUUUGUCCCAUAAUAUCUAAAAUAAUUUUCUAUUUCUUUCUAACAUAUAAUUUCGUACAGUUAACGUUAAAAACUUUAUUUCCAAAGGUGCUUUUCCACACGAAGAAGAAUAAGAGACCCAACGUUGAUACUUCUAAAAAUUUCUUUUGUCUAUAGUACAAGGUCAGAGAGAACAUCAUUAUGUACUAUAUUUACACCAAUACUCACGAUUACAUUUAGUUUACCUUCUAUCGUCUCUGAAUAUGAUAACUUGGUUAUCGAAACGUGUAUCAGAUUCAAACAAUGUGAGUGUUGGUGUAUCACCAACGGUUCCAGAAAUUCCACAUUUGUUUAUAUUCAAGGCAAAAUAAAGACAUUAAACAAUAAUUUCGAUAUUUGCAAACAAAAUUUCCAAAUAUUAGAAAAGGAAAACUCAAAAUGGAAUAUUUUUUGGUUCACAAGUUAUAAAAUAUUUUGGUUUGAUAGUGUCUCAUCAUUCAAUGAAACAACUGCUUAGAAAUCAUUCAAAACGGUUAUCGAAGAAUUUUUGUGAAAUUUAUAAAGAUGAUAAAACUGACUUUUUUAAAAAAAAUU